AUGUCUAAGAAUACCGCAAAGAAGCAAGCCACCAGUGGCAUUGCUAAGAGGCUGCCUCUCCUGCCCCAGCAAGUCCUGGAAGUGAAGGAGAACAUGAGCUGGUGUGGUCAGAUGUCCACAGUCAGUGGUGUCUCAGUUGCCGUGACGGUGCUGACGGGGAUGUUGUGCUCUAUGAGUGCAGUGGCUGCCCUCGCGUCAUGUGUGGCAGGUGCCUACACCCUACUUUGCGGCCUGCCAACUGAAGGAGGAAAGCCUGCCCUCCAGUACUUCCUCCACUUGAAGGGAACAUUCGAGAUGGCAUCUUCCACAGUAUUGGCUGCUGCUCUCGUCGCUGUCAUCCACUUUAUUGUGGGUGACAGUAAGGAGAUCGUCAUGCCUGUGCCUUUGCUAUCCCACUACCUCGAGCACUAUUUCCCCAAUGGUGGCUACAGCUAUCUAGAGGUCCCGUUCAACAUCACCAUGCACAAGGGUAUUUGUACAUACACUUGCGCCCAGGAUGCACACAUCAAUCAUUCUGAGGAGGAUAGUGGAUGGCUUUUCACCAGAAAAGAAAAAGGUAUUUUUGUUGCCAUGAGUGUUUCACAGGUGCUAUCUACUGUUCUAGGACCAUACUCUGGCAUCCUCCAGGGCGCCAUGAUGGUCUUUCUAGUUUGUUGCUCUGUUGUGGCUCAUGACGAUGCCUUUGGUGAGCUCCAACAAACUGUUCUUGACUACAACAUGGGGUUGGUCAUCAUCUUUUCUGCCACUCGGUUCCAGCCACUUGUUGCUACAAAUUUCUUGCUGGCUUUGGCAGAGCAGGUGAUAGUGGAGCAACUGGAUAUCAGGAAGGCAUUCCCUGGACCUCUCACCCUCUCCAGUUGUCUGGGGCAACACACCAAGGUGAUCCUCAUGAUCAGGGAAGAUGCUCACGAUGUGCAUAACCUCCUCAUCACCCAGUUUGCACAUUUGCACAUGCAAACUCAGCCCUGGGGUAUCCCUGUCCCUGGACAGUGCCCUCUCUGUGGGUCCACUAACAGUUGGUACCUAUAUGCCUGCACUUAUCCUGAGUGUGGUAGGGCGCAGGGCAAACCUCUGUACAAGUUCCACAUUGAGAAACCCCCUGGUUUUGUUGUCAAUGCUGCUAUGACAAAGACCUCGAGUUGGUUCCAGUCCCCCUCCACAACUUUUCCGCCUUCUCUUAUGUCUUUGCCUGCUUCAUUCUGGUUCAAUUCAAAGGCUAUCAGAUGUUACUACUGCCAAUUCUUAACCAAUGAAGACGACAUACUGGUAGAAGAGGAACUUUUGGAGAUGAGCCCAAUAAUGAGAAAUUUGGCCUAUCCCCUGAGGAGAGGGAAGCAGCAGCCUGUCCUAAGGAUAAGCUAUUUAAGCAGGAGAUCGAUCAGUACUGAUAAGGAGGAGCAAGUGAAGUUAGGGGUAAAGAACGAAAUCAAGUAUAGAACUGGCCAUGCUAGGGAAUGGUUCAGAAACAUGACCCCUGCAGCAGUGAAGGAGGUUGAGGAUGCAUGGGAAAAGUGGAAUAGGGAAGGCGCUCCUCCUGAAUCACAAGCCAUGUAUCGAAAGAGGCACCUCAAAAAAUACCUUGAUGACUUUACUGAACAAAUGCGUCAUACCAUGGGAUGUCGAGUUGUGAUCCUAGCCAGUCACAAGAAACCUGCAGAUCAGACUUUAAACAUCAUUGUUAAUGAGUCAAAGCCUGUCAAUAGUAAAAAACCUUUCACCCAGAGUUCUCGAGGAAAUAAGCAGUGGACAUGUCGGAGAGUUUUGAAAAAUAUGCAGAAUGGUCAAAGUUGGAAUUUUAUGAAGAAGAUGAAGACAAAGACAGGUGGCCUACCUGAUCUCAUUUUGGACAAUAACAGGCUAUGCGAAGCUUCCCUCCAUGUGCUGGAGUUCCUACCAGAGGGCAACAGGAAUUGUUGUUUGCUUGGCAAAUUUGUGCAAGUCACCAUCAGUUAUACAGAGGUCUUAACCAACACUUCCAAACCCGUACCUUGGCGUGAGGUUGUGGGAAACCCCACUUUGUACCUUGAUCCUGAUUCCUUUCCCAAAGGCUUCAUCUUGAGAGACCCAUCUCAUAUGAGGGCUGAAAAUGUCAAUCAGCUAUGGACUCAUUGGGAGGGUAGGAAGGCUGCAAAGAAGCCUCUGGAGAAAACUAAGAAGAAGUAUGUCAAAAUCGAGCCAGCCAAGACUUCUAGUACCACUGGGGCAGCUAGUGCACAUCCUACAUCUCAUAGGAUGAGGCCGGCCAAGUCUGACCCCUCUGAGGAUGAGUCGGCUGGAGCAGCUCUCACAUCACAUAGGAAGACAUUGGCCAAGCCUCAUUCAUCUGGAGAUGAGCUGGCCAGAGCAGCCUCCACAGGACAUGCUCCCAGACUGGCCACCCAGCAGCUGGGUGUGCCAGCAGCUGUGCCCAUCAAGGAUCGCAUUCAGUUCUUGAAGUCCCUCAGCAACAACAAUGAAUACCUGCUUUUAGUUGAGGGUAUCAGAGACUUGGGCAAGGAACCAAGCCUGAAGGAGCAAAAGGAAUGGCCUGCCUGGGCAACUUGGUCCUGGGAGUGGUCUUACCUUCCAAGUGGCAUGCACUCUGUUGAUGGUGAUGUGCACAAUUUCUUGCAGAUAGCUGAGUCUGUCAAGAUCAGUGGCUUUCCAUCUGCGAUGGAGUGUAAACAAGCCAUUGAGUAUGAGGAAGAUGAGGUCGCCCUUGAAACCCCAGCUUACAUUAGCUCAUCUUUCUUGGAUAUCAAGAUCCUCGACCUGGUUGUAGAGGUGGUUAAGAAGGUCAGAGGUGGGGCUAUGCGUCUGCUGAAGGCAAAGCUCAUUCAGCAGGAAAGUCCUAUCAUUGAUAAUGCUGUGGUUGGAGAAGGUAGUGGAGCUGAUGAUGGUAUGGACACCACUGCAGAUGGUGAACAGGGAGUGACCGAGGAGAAGCUGGUGGAUGAGUUGAGGAAGCUUGAGGAGGAGAAUUGCAGGAACCAGGAAUUGAAGCAGGAGCUGGAGGCAAAGAGGCUUCAGUUGAAGGAGGUGCAGGAGGUAAACAGUUGUCUGGUAAAAGAGAGGGAGGAGAAAGAGAAAGAGAAAGAGAAAGAGAAAGAGAAAGAGAAAGAGAAAGAGAAAGAGAAAGAGAAAGAGAAAGAGAAAGAGAAAGAGAAAGAGAAAGAGAAAGAGAAAGAGAAAGAGAAAGACAACAAGGAGGAGGAGGAGAUGAAAGGGAAGAAAGAACAAAGUUUGGCAGAUCUCAAAAGCCAUCCAAGAAGGUCAGUGGUGAUGUCCGUUGAUCUUCAAGAUCUAGACAGCCCACUAAGAAAGCUUUGA